GCCCGGCACGCAUCGAUCGAUCUGCAUUGAAAUCUUCUCCGAAAGGCAAAAGAAGGAUUUCCAUCCCAUGCAAGCUUUGCGAUUCCUCUUGAUGGCUACUACUAGUGGUUGUAGAUGUACAGUGCAUCACACGCAACUCCUAUGAGCGACACGCGGCGAGCUCCCAUUCACGGAGGUCGCCUAUUUAGGCAGGCGCGCGCUCGCUGCCUUAACAGUACUACUACUUCUCCCGCCAUGGCCGCCUUCUCCACCUGCAGCCACAUCGACGCCGGCGGCAUGGCAGAGGUAGCGGUAGCGGUCCUCCUGACGCUGAUGAUGGCGUUGCUGGGAGCAGUGGUAGAGGCUGGGGACCCGCCGUUCUCGUGCGGCCCGUCAUCGGCGGAGGCGUCCCAGGGCUACGCGUUCUGCGACGCGACCCUGCCCGCGGCGCAGCGGGCCGCGGACCUGGUGGCGCGGAUGACUCCUGCGGAGAAGGUGGCGCAGUUGGGGGACCAGGCGGCCGGCGUGCCGCGGCUGGGCGUCCCGGCGUACAAGUGGUGGAACGAGGCGCUGCACGGGCUGGCCACCUCUGGCCGGGGGCUGCAUUUCGACACGCCCGGCGGCGUUCGCGCCGCCACCAGCUUCCCCCAGGUGCUGCUCACCGCCGCUGCCUUCGACGACGACCUCUGGUUCCGCAUUGGCCAGGCGAUCGGCCGGGAGGCCCGGGCGCUGUUCAACCUGGGCCAGGCGGAGGGGCUCACCAUCUGGUCCCCCAACGUCAACAUCUUCCGCGACCCGCGCUGGGGCCGCGGCCAGGAGACCCCCGGCGAAGACCCCGCCACGGCGAGCCGGUACGCCGUCGCCUUCGUCCGUGGCCUGCAGGGGAACUCCUCGACCGCUGGGCUGCUGCAGACCUCGGCGUGCUGCAAGCACGCCACGGCGUACGACCUCGAGGACUGGAACGGCGUCGCGCGGUACAGCUUCGUGGCCCGGGUGACGACGCAGGACCUGGAGGACACCUUCAACCCACCGUUCCGGAGCUGCGUCGUUGACGGGAAGGCCAGCUGUGUCAUGUGCGCCUACACGGCCGUCAAUGGCGUGCCGUCGUGCGCCAACGCCGACCUGCUCACCGGGACCAUCAGGGGAGACUGGGGCCUCGACGGGUACGUCGCCUCGGACUGCGACGCGGUGGCAAUCAUGCGUGACGCGCAGCGGUACACGCCGACGCCGGAGGACGCCGUCGCGGUCUCACUCAAGGCUGGAUUGGACAUAGACUGCGGCUCCUACGUCCAACAGCACGCCACGGGCGCGAUUCAGCAGGGGAAGCUGACGGAGCAGGACGUCGACAAGGCCCUCACCAACCUCUUCGCGGUCCGGAUGCGGCUGGGCCACUUCGAUGGCGAUCCCAGGACCAACAUGUACGGCGCCCUCGGCGCCGCGGACAUCUGCACGCCGGAGCACAAGAGCCUCGCGCUGGAGGCAGCGCAGGACGGCAUCGUCCUGAUCAAGAACGAUGCCGGCAUCCUCCCGCUCGACCGAUCUGCAGUCGCCUCUGCCGCCGCCAUCGGACCCAACGCCAACGACGGCAUGUCGCUCAUUGGCAACUACUUCGGCCCGCCAUGCGAGUCGACGACGCCGCUCAGGGGCCUCCAGGGGUACGUCAAGGACGUGAGGUUCCUGGCCGCGUGCAACUCGGCGGCCUGUGACGUCGCCGCGACAGACCAGGCGGUCGCGUUGGCGAGCUCGGCGGACUACGUCUUCCUGUUCAUGGGGCUGAGCCAGCAGCAGGAAAGCGAGGGCCGCGAUAGGACGAGUCUGCUUCUCCCGGGGAUGCAGCAGAGCCUCAUCACCGCCGUUGCCAAUGCGGCGAAGCGGCCGGUGAUCCUGGUGCUCCUCACCGGCGGCCCGGUGGACAUCACGUUCGCGCAGUCAAAUCCGAAGAUCGGCGCCAUACUGUGGGCUGGCUACCCUGGCCAGGCGGGCGGCAUCGCCAUCGCCAAAGUCCUCUUCGGCGACCACAACCCCAGCGGGAGGCUGCCAGUGACGUGGUAUCCGGAGGAGUUCACCAAAGUGCCCAUGACGGACAUGCGGAUGCGCGCCGACCCAGCGACCGGCUACCCCGGCCGGAGCUACCGUUUCUACCAGGGCAAGACUAUCUACAAGUUCGGCUACGGCCUCAGCUACUCCAGUUUCUCCCGCCGGCUCCUCUCCGGUGCCAAUAAGCCCGCCCUCUACACCAACGUCCUCACUGGCCUAAGGGAGACGUUGACCGAGGAAGGCGGCGCAAGCUACCACGUAGACGACAUCGGCACUGACGGCUGUGAGCAGCUCAAGUUUCUGGCGAUGGUGGAGGUGCUGAACCAAGGCCCCAUGGACGGCAAGCACUCAGUGCUCCUGUUCAUCCGGUGGCCGAACACGAAGAGCGGCAGGCCGGCGAGCCAGCUUAUCGGGUUCAGGAGCCAGCAUCUCAAGGCAGGGGAGAAGGCUAACCUCAGGUUUGAGGUCAGCCCGUGUGAACAUUUCAGCAGGGUUAGGGAGGACGGCAGGAAGGUGAUAGAUAAAGGGUCUCAUUUCCUCAUGGUUGACAACCAUGAGAUGGAGAUUGGAUUUGAGGCUUGAUUUUUAGAUGGCCAGAAAGAAGUACGGGUCCAUACGCUGCAAUUCUUUGCUAAAAUAAUUUAUGGCUUCAUUGAUUAUUCUGUACGACGAGAUUUUGUAACGGUUCAAACAAGCAGGACGUUAUGAAUA